UAUGCCCAAAUUUAGUCUUAAAAUUUGACAGUGCAGCAUUACUCCUGUGCCUUCCUUCUCCUCUCCGCCAUCAGUAUACUGCUCUUCAGAUCAACGUUACUGUUAUGCGAGUGGUGAACAGUAACAACACGGCCAACGACUGUCUCUAGGGUUUUGUAGCAAUCAGAUAUCCAUCCAUCCAUCCAUCCAUCCAUCCGAGUACCAACUGUGAAGAAACAAAUAUGAAUGGAGAAGACGAAGCUGUUCUACGACAGUUGCAACAAUCUGCAGACUCCCACCCCGAUGACCCCUCCCUCCAUUUUAACCUCGGGGUGUUAUUGUGGGAAAAGGGUGAAAAUUCGAAAGAAAUCAAGGAAAUAGCAGCGGAGCAUUUUGUGAUAUCAGCCAAGCUCAACCCACAGAAUGGCCCUGCUUUUAGAUAUUUGGGUCAUUACUACAGCCGCAUUUCGGUCGACACCCAGAGAGCUCUCAAGUGUUACCAGAGAGCCAUCACCCUCAAUGCCGAUGACUCCGAUUCCGGGGAAGCAAUAUGUGAUUUGCUGGACGGAGGGGGAAAGGAAAGCUUGGAGAUUUCCGUCUGCCGAGAAGCUUCAGAGAAGUCACCUAGGGCCUUUUGGGCAUUUCGGAGACUGGGUUACCUUCAGGUUCAUCAUAAGAAAUGGUCUGAAGCAGUGCAGAGUCUUCAGCAUGCUAUCCGAGGCUAUCCUACCUGUGCUGACUUAUGGGAAGCCCUGGGUCUUGCCUACCAGCGACUGGGCAAGUUGACUGCAGCUAUUAAGUCAUAUGGGCGAGCCACUGAGAUGGAUGACUCAAGAGUUUUUGCAUUAGUUGAAAGUGCAAACAUUUUUUUGAUGCUUGGUUCGUUUAGAAAGGGAAUUGAGCAGUUUCAGCAAGCUUUACAUAUCUCACCUCAAAAUGUAGCUGCACACUAUGGGCUUGCUUUUGGGCUGCUCAGUUUGUCGAAGGAAUGCAUUAAUUCAGGUGCAUUCAGAUGGGGAGCUUCACUGUUAGAGGAGGCUUCUGAGGUUGCAAAAACAAGUACCUGCUUUGCUUGCAAUCUUUCAUCUAUGUGGAAGUUGUGUGGAGAUAUACAGCUUACAUAUGCAAAAUGCUUUCCAUGGAUGGAGGAAGGCCUGAUCUUAGAAAAUGAUGAGAAAGCUUUCAAUGCUUCCAUCCUUUCCUGGAAAAGGACUUGCACUUUAGCUGCAUUAUCUGCCAGUCAUUUCUAUCAGAAGGCUUUGCACUUGGCACCAUGGGAAGCAAAUAUCUAUGUAGACAUUGCUAUCACUUCAGAUCUUAUUUAUUCUUUGAAGGAGAGUUGUAAACAGGAGAUGAAUUGCUGGCAGCUACCUGAGAAGAUGGCCAUCGGGGGCUUACUACUUGAGGGUGACAAUAAUGAGUUCUGGGUGGCUCUGGGAUGCUUAUCUAGUUACACUGCCUUGAAACAACAUGCUUUGAUACGCGGAUUGCAAUUGGAUGUAUCUCUAGCUGUUGCAUGGGCAUACCUUGGGACGCUUUAUAGGAAAGGGGGUAAAAUUAAAUUGGCCCAGCAAGCAUUUGAUCGCGCAAGAAGUAUAGAUCCUUCACUCGCAUUACCGUGGGCAGGCAUGUCUGCUGAUACUUGUGCUAGGGUGCUCACGCCAGACGACGCAUACGAAUGCUGUUUACGGGCUGUACAGAUACUUCCACUUGCAGAAUUCCAAAUUGGUCUUGCAAAGCUUGCUCUCCUUUCUGGUCAUCUUUCAUCUUCACAGGUAUUUGGAGCUGUCAGGCAAUCUUUGCAGCGUGCACCCCACUAUCCUGAAACUCACAAUUUGAAUGGGCUGGUGUUUGAGGCACGAUUUGAUUAUCUUUCUGCUGUUGCCUCUUAUAGGCUAGCACGCUGUGCAAUUAGCUCUUUUUCAGGCAAAGAAUCAAACUCCUAUCUGAGAGAUGUAUCGAUUAAUUUGGCCAGAUCUCUUUGUAUGGCAGGAAAGUCUCUCGAUGCUGUGCAAGAAUGUGAAAAUUUGAAGGAAGAAGGUCUGCUUGAUUCCAAAGGUUUGCAGAUAUAUGCUCUAUCUUUGUGGCAACUUGGAAAAAAUGAUAUGGCUCUUUCCGUAACAAGAAUUCUUGCUGAAAGUGUUUUGUCCACGGAACGAACAUCUGCAAUGUCCUGCAUAACUUUCAUAUUAAGAUUGGUGUACUACGUUUCUGGACAGGAAUCAGCAAUUAGUAACAUUCUAAAAAUGGCCAAGGAAUUAUACCAGAGUCCAAAAAUCGGUUUUGUUGCAUUAGCCAUUCAUGCACUAGAUCAAAGUGAUCGGCUUGAGUCGCUUAUGUCAAGCAGUCAUAGCUCUCUUGCAUCACAUGGGAAUAGUACUGGAAUGCACUUCUUGAUAGCAAUUGGAAAAUUAGUAAAACAUGGAUCUAAAGACUGGCUUGGGAUUCAGGAUGGAGUAAAUCACCUGAGAAAAGCACUUCACAUGUUCCCUAACAGUGUUUUGUUAAGGAAUCUCCUUGGUUACCUUUUGCUAUCCAGUAAAGAAUCGAAAGAUACUCACAUUGCAACUAGGUGCUUCAGCUUAGGGUCAUCUGAUUGUCCGAAGGAAGAGGGCUUGAAAUCUGGUUAUGAGAUCCUUGGUGCCAGAGCAGUUGCUUGCUACACCACUGGGAACUGUGAGACAUUUUCUUUCACAACAUGUAGUUACCAGUGGCCAUGCAGAUUGGGAGCAAUUCAACAACUGCAGAAAUGGUUACAUCAAGAACCAUGGAAUCAUAAUGCAAGGUAUUUGCUCAUACUUAGUUACCUGCAGAAAGCACGGGAGGAGAGAUAUCCUCAACAUCUUUGUGUUGUACUUGAGCGGUUAAUUAGUGUGGCUGUUUCCAAUGAAUUAUUCUCUAAGAAAGACAUGUCUUAUCAAUAUCAAAAGUUCCAGAUUUUACUUUGUGCUUCUGAGAUCAGUUUGCAAGUUGGGGACCACAUUGGCUCUAUCAAGCAGGCUAAAACUGCUUCAGGACUUUCACUUCCAAAUGACUAUCUCUUUUUUGCGCACUUGCAAUUGUGUCGUGCCUAUGCUGCAGAAGCUAAUUUCAUUAGUCUGCGCCAAGAGUAUAUAAGAUGUCUGGAGCUCAAAACUGAUUAUCAUAUUGGCUGGAUAUGUCUUAAAUUCAUUGAAUCUCGAAACAAGCUGCAGACCGAUUCCACUUUAUUGGCAUUGAGCUUUGAGGAGUGCUCCAAAGUGAUCAAGAUUUCGCGGAAUAUGUGGAUGGCUGUAUAUAGCUUGGUGCAGGGUCUGAUUGCUGUUUGGUCCCAGGAUUUUCACAGCGCAGAAGAGUUUCUUGCGAAAGCUUGUUCUUUAGUCACUACUGAGAGCUGCCUCUUUCUUUGUCAUGGUGCCAUCUGUAUGGAGCUUGCCAGGGAGCAGUGUGAUUCACACUUCUUAUCGCUUGCUGUCAGAAGCCUCAAGAAAGCUAAGAAGACUUCUAUUGUUCCCUUACCUUAUGUCUCCAUGUUGUUGGCACAAGCAGAAGCAAGCCUUGGCUCACAAUCAAAGUGGGAGGAAGAACUUCGUGUUGAAUGGUUUUCUUGGCCAUCAGAGAUGAGGCCUGCUGAACUCUUUUUUCAAAUGCAUUUGCUUUCUAGACGCUCUAUUGGUGCUUCUGACUCUUUAUCUGAUGUGGAGUCCUGUCAGAGUUCGAUGAGCUGGAUGCUUCGUGCAAUCCAUUUGAACCCUUCUUGUUCAAGAUAUUGGAAAGCUUUGCAAAAGGUUUUGGACCGUCAUUUAUGCUAAGGCAGCCCAACUAAGAAGAUAUGAGGGGUGGUAGUUCGAUUGUGUGAUUUCCUCGGGUGUAAAAUGAGCUGGAACACUUGGGAAUCUUUUAGACCCCAUUUCUGUAAAUUGUCUCCAGUUUUCCUGUAGUUGAUUUCAAAUUACACUAUGAUAUUAGAGUAUCGAUCAUUGUUAGCCAAGUGUAGGUGUCAGUUGUUGAAAAUUUUAUCAUUUGUUUGUAGCAUUUAAUAGAACACAUUAGUUAGAAGAAUGAUAUUAAUACCUUUAGAUAGUAAUGUAAAGGGAGACGGGUUGAACUGAGUAGCUAAAUAUGACAGUAAUGUUGGUCUGAGAGUUUUCUAUGCUUAAUGAAGCAUGGUGGAACAUGAUUCAUUAUCCUUUGAUGCUUAGGCAGUUCGGUUGUAAUUACCAUUGUAACCUUUAAAUAGGGUUGCUAGGGGCUGCAGUCACCCAAGAGGGAAGGGUGACGUUUUGUAACAGACCUUUUGUCGGACUCCUUUGUACUUUGUGUUGGAGAAAGUGAAAAGGUUAGGAUAUUGUCCUGUAAUCAAG